UUCCGCUUCUUCAAACCAACAUCGAGCUCCCGUCCAUACUUGUUCUCUUUCCUGGUUCUGGGAGCCCCUGGAGCCAGAGACGGAAAGGCUGCCUGCAGGGAUUGGGGCGAGUACCUCAGGGAGAGGGAAGGCGGGACUUCCGCGUCUCACCGGAAGUGACGCGACAGUCGCGGCCGCCGACAGGUGGAACGGCAGUUUCCUUUUCCCCUACCGAGGUUUGCAGUUAGCCAGCCCAUCCCAACUCUCGGAACCAUGUUUGCAGACUUGGAUUAUGACAUCGAGGAGGAUAAACUUGGAAUCCCUACCGUGCCUGGGAAGGUGACCCUGCAGAAGGAUGCCCAGAACCUCAUCGGGAUCAGCAUUGGAGGAGGGGCCCAGUACUGCCCCUGCCUCUAUAUCGUCCAGGUGUUUGACAACACCCCGGCAGCCUUGGACGGCACUGUGGCAGCUGGAGAUGAGAUCACUGGUGUCAAUGGCAGGUCGAUCAAAGGAAAAACUAAGGUGGAGGUGGCGAAGAUGAUUCAGGAGGUGAAGGGGGAGGUGACCAUCCACUACAACAAGCUGCAGGCGGACCCCAAGCAGGGCAUGUCCCUGGACAUCGUGCUGAAGAAGGUAAAGCACCGGCUGGUGGAGAACAUGAGUUCGGGGACUGCAGAUGCCCUGGGCCUGAGCCGGGCCAUCCUGUGCAAUGAUGGGCUCGUCAAGAGGCUGGAGGAGCUGGAGCGGACGGCUGAGCUGUACAAAGGGAUGACGGAACACACCAAGAACCUCCUGCGGGCCUUCUAUGAGCUGUCGCAGACACAUCGGGCCUUUGGGGACGUGUUCUCUGUGAUCGGGGUACGGGAGCCCCAGCCAGCCGCCAGUGAGGCUUUUGUGAAGUUUGCCGACGCCCACCGCAGCAUUGAGAAGUUUGGCAUCCGGCUGUUGAAAACCAUCAAGCCGAUGUUGACAGACCUGAACACGUACCUCAACAAAGCCAUCCCGGACACUCGCCUAACCAUCAAGAAGUACCUGGACGUGAAGUUUGAAUACCUGUCCUACUGCCUGAAGGUGAAGGAGAUGGACGACGAGGAAUACAGCUGUGUGGCCUUAGGGGAGCCCCUGUACCGAGUGAGCACAGGCAACUACGAGUACCGUCUGAUCCUGCGCUGCCGCCAGGAGGCCCGCGCCCGCUUCUCCCAGAUGCGCAAGGACGUGCUGGAGAAGAUGGAGCUGCUGGAUCAGAAGCAUGUCCAGGACAUCGUGUUCCAGCUGCAGCGCUUUGUGUCCACCAUGUCCAAGUACUACAAUGACUGCUACGCUGUGCUGCGGGAUGCCGACGUCUUCCCCAUCGAGGUGGACCUGGCACACACCACGCUGGCCUACGGCCUCAGUCAGGAGGACUUCACCGAUGGAGAGGAUGAAGAGGACAACAAUGAGGACACGGCAGCCAGGGAACCGUCCCAGGAUGCGCGAGGGGCUGCUGGGCCCCUGGACAAGGAUGGAAGCUGGUGUGGCUCCUGAGUGCCCCCAUGGGGUGUGGAUCUGGGGGGUAGGGUGAAUGGGAGGAAGACAGCAGGGGAGCGGGACGGGGCCGCUGGACCACAGGGUGGCGCAUAAAGGCCUGCUGCCUUGGGGCGCCUGCCUCCCUGCUCCUCUGUCCUAGCACAGCGAGCCUGCUGCCCUGCCAGGGAAGGCCGGGGCAUGGUCUGGGACCUGGACACUGGCUCCUCCAGCCUUCUUUCCCUACCUCCCAGCCCGAUGGAGAGCCUGGUCUCUGGACCUACCUUAGGAGGGAGAGGGCAGAAGGAAGAGGGAUUGGAGGUGGCAUAAAGUUCAGGAUCAGUCCUCAUGGUCACCUUUUGCUGGCCCCCUAGAGCCUGCCAGGAGUGGGAGGAUGGAGGUGGGUCGCUGAGGUUGGGGCCAGCGUCUCUUGUGUGCCCUCGCCUUGCCGAGGCUACUCCUGUCCCAGGCCACACACACCUCGGUGGCCUUUAUUUAUUCUCUUCCCCCAGUGCAGUCACUUUUCUGGGGAAGGGCUGGGGCACUGGGCCUGUAUUUAAUAAACACAAACCCAGAUGGAGCAGCUGUUUGCAGUGGCCUCAGACCCACCGCCCUCAACCUGCCCUCCGCGUCUGCUCCACACACGAGGGAGGAGGGUGGAAGCAGUCUGCGGACAGUUCACUUCGUCCACGUCACUUGUUCCUCACAGUGGCGCUGCAGGGUUAGCACUAUUGUCCCUUUUACAGAUGGGAAACUGAGGCUCAGAGAAGUAUCUUGCUCCAGGCCACACCGGGUACAAGGGACAAAGUGGGAUUUGAACUCAGAUCUGAUAGGUUUAAAGGCCUUGACUUUUCCGCCUGCCUCCAAAGCUUUCUGCCUUGUGGGGCCCGUGCAUAUCCUCCCUCAUCUUUGAUCCUUCAGUGCUGCUGGCUGUGAAAUGGCCUUUAUUGGGGAGGCCAGGCCAGAUGCUGGGAAGGGGACCUGGGGUCUUAGAGGGGAGGAAAGUGCUAAGGGUGUCCCAGCUGCUCCAGCUGCACCUGCUCUGCCCUGGGCCCUGGGGAGAAGCCCAGCUGAGACACCAUGCCAGUCCUGUCUGCAAAGUGGGAGAAAUGGGUGGCCACGCGUCCUGCUUUGCCUGGAGAGCUCCAGGCCACAGCAGUGUAAUUAUUGCCGGUGGCCCCUCUCACUCUCAGUGUCGCUGUUUGGACAGUGAUCUAUUGUCUUCCUGAGAAGGGGGAGGUGUGAGAGGUGGGCGGAGUCCCAACUGAAAAAAACAAGUUUUCUGCUUAUUCGCUCUGAGCAUGCGGGUCCCAGGCUGAAACCAAGUGGGGUUCACAGGCAGGAUUGGGAGCGUGGGGCUGGGUGCUGUCACCAGUAGUCUACAGGGGUCCCCUCCAAACCAUCAGACCAUACUGCUUCUCUGAAAGAGUUGGGACACAGCUUGGACCAGACCAUAUGCUAGUUCCUAACUGCCCUGUGCCUCAGUUUCACUAGCUACGAAGUGUAGAUACUGUACCUCCCUCAAUGAGCUGUCAGGAUUAAAUGAGUUCCCAUUUGUAAAGGGCUUGCUUAGAGCAGUGGCU